AUUAUUAAUUACACACACAGUGUUGAAGAGAAGACUAUAUAGAGAGAAUCGUAUGUUUCUGCUACGAAGACUUCUUGACCGUAUAAAAUUUCGACAGGAUGAGGAGGUCACUCAUUAAUUGAUAACAUAUGCCACGGUGGUAGCUCUCGAGGAGGAUGUUCCACGGGGGCGGAAGUGGCGGGUACGGCGCAAGUUCCGAUUACCAGCAGCAGUCCCAGCAGCAACAGCAGCAACACGGGCAGCAGCUCCAGGCGCCUGUCUACGUUCCAUCGUCUAGACCAGCAAUUCCAUCUGCAGCCACGGCAGCGCAAUAUCAUUCCUUCCCUACUUCACCCUCGCCCGCAUGGGAAAAGACAGCAUCCUGGCAGCACGGAGUGGAGACGUAUGCGGCGCAUCACGCGCUCGCCGGACACACGAGCGGUACCGCGGCGGCGAUGGGACCGCACGCUGGACCUGGCCAUCCGCAUGCGGGACAUCCGCACGCGACGCAUCCUCAUUCAACUCUCGCCGCAGCCGCAGCUGCACCCUUCUAUGCGCAGAACGUCGCGAUGAUGUCCUCGUGGCGCGCUUACGACGGCACCGGUUUUCAACGUGCAUCACCUUAUGAUACCGCAAUGGAUUUCCAAUUUGGCGAGGGUCGCGAAUGCGUAAAUUGCGGCGCGAUAUCGACGCCGCUCUGGCGAAGAGACGGCACCGGCCAUUAUCUUUGCAAUGCAUGCGGACUUUAUCAUAAGAUGAACGGCAUGAAUAGACCGCUUAUCAAGCCCUCAAAACGCCUGAUGUCGGAAUUUCAGACCGCAACGAGGCGACUCGGGCUGUGCUGCACAAACUGCGGCACUCGCACCACCACCUUGUGGAGGCGCAACAACGAGGGUGAGCCAGUGUGCAACGCUUGUGGAUUAUACUUCAAAUUGCACGGAGUCAAUAGGCCGCUAGCCAUGCGAAAGGAUGGUAUACAAACAAGGAAGAGAAAACCGAAGAAGACUCCAGAACAGAAUGCUAGAUCAUCUCAGGGGGAUCAUGAAACCACUGCCUCAACGACAUCCUCUCCUUCUACAGACUUGAAGAACAAUCAACAACAGCAGCAGCAACAACAACAGCAACAUCAGAUCGAAGUAUCAAAGUCAUCGGGCUCAUCAACGUCGACCGAUAGACCUGUUUACCUCGGACAUACCUCUCUUUUGGCGACUGGAAAUGUACCUGCUGUGAAAACGGAACCGCGGAGCUGUGAUGGCGUCGUUGGUCAACCGUACUCAUCUUAUUAUCAACAUCCUCAUCAAUUAACUGUUACCAGCGAACAUCAGCAACAGAGUUAUUAUGGCACCCAGGAGGCACCCUAUCAUCAUCAACAUCAUGUCACUACAGCGGCAAAAUUACUCGCGUCCUCGUAAUUGUUUAGUAAUUGACGUUUGUUCAUUAGAAUUGCCUCGAAAAUAGAUUCAGACGCGUUGAAAAAUGAAGAUCUUUUUCGCAGUAAGGAUUAUUCAAGAAUUUGCCAAGAAACUUAUGAAAGUUUAAUAAUGAAAAAGUAAUUAAAAGAAUGGAAGGUAUAUUAGAAUUGAAGAUUGUGAUUGGAUUUUAAUCCGAUUAUUUGAGAAAAGAGCAAGAGAGAAUAACGAAAUUAACAAUUAAGACACUUCUUUGACAAAUGUGUGGAAGAAGAAUUCUUCUGCAACAUGGGACUAGUCAGUGACGUGCAAAUUGUUUUAAAAUUCAAAGAAAAACGGUGACAGAAAUUGAAAUGUUAUGAAUC